GAAGACGUACACGUGGACAAGACCCUGGAAGUAACAUGGCGUCUUUCACCUCGAUCCCAGAGUUUUACCAGGGCAAGUGUGUCUUCAUUACUGGGGCAACAGGUUUCAUGGGAAAGACAUUACUGGAGAAACUACUUAGAUCAUGUCCAGGCAUCCGUCGGGUCUACAUCCUCAUCCGACCUAAAAAAGGCAAGGAAGUCAGUCAGAGACUAGAAGAACUUCUCAACUCGAAAAUAUUUGAAACAUUAAACAAAGAAAACUAUGAUUUCCGGUCUAAAAUAGCACCUAUACCUGGAGACAUUGUCCACGAUAAUCUGGGAAUUAGCGAAGCUGACGAGAAGAAGCUAAUUGACGAGGUUUCUGUCGUUUUCCAUUCAGCAGCUACAGUUCGAUUCGACGAGGAGCUGAAAUUGUCCGUUGAAAUGAAUGUGUUGGGAGUUUACAGGGUUACGCAACUCUUGAAGAAGUUUGAACACCUUGAGGCCUUCCUGCACGUGUCCACUGCAUACGCGAACUGUCACAGACGCACUGUUGAGGAACGCAUAUACGACCCGCCCUUACAUCCACACAAACUUCUUGACGCCGUGGGAUGGAUGGAGAGUGAUGUGUUGCAAAUUCUGACCCCUAAAAUGAUCGGUGACCGGCCUAACACUUACACCUACACCAAGUCUAUAGCCGAAUACUUGGUCAAAGAGGAAUGUGCAGACAUCCCUACCGCUAUAUUGCGUCCGUCCAUCGUCUGCGCAACAUGGAGUGACCCUAUUGCGGGUUGGGUUGAUAACUACAAUGGUCCCACUGGUCUCAUGGCAGCGCUAGGAACAGGCGUACUACGGGUGAUGCGCGGGGACCGUGACGCUGUUUCGGAUAUCAUUCCUGUUGAUAUGGCUUGUAGCAUGAUGAUAGCAGCCGCAUGGUACACAGGUACUCACAGAUCGAAGCAAAUGAAGGUGUUCAACUGUACGACAGGAUCUAUCAACAGUUUGACAUGGGGAGACAUGGAGGAUUACACAAGGCGAUGCUCCAUGAAGAAUCCGUUCAAUACAGUCACUCGGGUACCCACUGUUAUGUUUACCAAAUGCGUAUUUUGGCAUGACAUCAACGUGUUGUUUAAUCAAGUACUACCAUCCUACCUCUUGGAUAUGUAUAUGUGGUGUACCGGAAAAAAGCCCAUCUUCCGAAAAAUAGAAGAUCGCCUUCGGAAAGCCACCGCAACUCUAGACUACUUCACAAACAAGGACUGGGAGUUUAAGUCGGACAACUUAGACAUGUUACUGGCAGCUAUGUCUUCAGAUGAUAGGGAGACAUUCAAUUUUGAUCCGCGGAGUAUAUCAUGGCCUAGUUACAUAGAAGCUUACUGCCUUGGUAUCAAGCGUUAUAUAUUGAAGGAGGAACUGGAAGAAUUACCCAAAGCUCGGACAACACUGAAACGGUUGCAGCGCUUGAGUUUCGCUACGAAUACACUCUUCAUCAUCAUCGUAUGGCGGGUUCUUAUUAACCGUGUGAGCAUAGCCCGGUCUAUGUGGAACUUCCUCAUUCACUGGGUCGUCAAAUUCUUUAACUGUUUACCUAAGAUUGCUAAAAUAACUUAGGCAGGAAAGUUUUCUUCGAAAAAUU